GGUCACCCCUUGUUUCGAGCUGCAGCAGCCCGGGGCGUGUGCAAGGUGAUGUGCUUCCACCCCUGGUCGGACCUGACGCUGCCCCUCAUGUCCCUGGCAGAGAUUCGGGCUGUCAUCGACGCGUGGGCAGAGCUGGCGGCCGAGCUGGGUGCCUCCUACCCCUGGGUGCAGGUCACUGAGAACAAGGGAGCGAUGAUGGGCUGCUCCAACCCCCACCCCCACUGCCAGGUGUGGGCCAGCAGCUUCCUUCCGAACGAGGCACGACUGGAGGACCAGACCCAGCGGCAGCACCUGAGCCAGCACGGUGUGCCCAUGCUGUUGGAGUACGCUGAGCAGGAGGCUCACCGAAAGGAGCGUCUGGUUGUGGAGAAUGCGGACUGGUUGGUCGUGGUGCCGUACUGGGCCACCUGGCCGUACCAGACCCUGCUGCUGCCCCGCCGCCAUGUUUGCCGCCUCCAGGACCUCCAUGAGGGCGAGAGGGACAGCCUGGCCUCCAUCAUGCAGAGGCUGCUCAUCAAGUACGACAACCUCUUUGAAGUCUCCUUCCCCUACUCCAUGGGCUGGCAUGGAGCCCCCACGGGCUCCUACCUGCAGGAGGACUGUGGGCACUGGCAGCUCCACGCUCACUACUACCCACCGCUGCUCCGCUCUGCCACUGUCCGCAAGUUCAUGGUGGGCUACGAGAUGCUGGCACAGGCACAGCGGGACCUCACCCCGGAGCAGGCGGCCGAGCGCCUGAGGAGCCUCCCUGAAGUGCACUACAGGCAGAAGGCCAAGGAGAUGCCAUGA